AUGGGACUUGCAUAUAUCCUUUUCUUUGCAACUGUUGGUUACUUUGCCUAUCAGUAUCUAUCCUCACCUCUGCGCCGCAUUCCCGGACCCCUUCUUGCUAAAUUCACAGAAUUUCAACGCCUUUUUGAUACAUAUGGCGGACGUGUUGACCUGCAGCACCGGCGACUCCACGCUCAGUAUGGCCCAGUGGUCAGAGUUGGACCGAACACGGUCUCUUUGAGUGACCCAGAGUGUUUGAAGCUUGUCUAUUCGAGCCGAACAAACUUUGCCAAAAGCGACAUGUACACCAUAAAUGACGUGACACAGGGCAAGAAGACAAUAGAAAACAUGUUUGGCACUCGCAGCAAGGACCUUCACCGGAAAUUACGAGCACCGAUCCAGAAGUAUUACAAGCUUUCAACAGUCUCGAAGCUCGAAGGACAAAUUGACAGAAGCUUGAAUGCUCUGUGCAAGGCACUUGAUGAGCGCUUUGUCAAGACUGAAAAAUCUUUUGAUAUUUCAGACUGGCUCCUAUAUUAUGCAUGGGAUGUAAUGGCAGAGGUCACGUUCAGCGAGCCUAUCAAAGGAGGCUUUCUCCAAAAAGGCGGAGAUAUUGAUGACUUGUUGUACAACUCAGUGGAGGCUAUAAGCUACUUCGCUGUGAUUGGUCAAGUACCUUUCCUUGACAAAUUACUCGACAAGAAUCCUAUUCAUCGUGUAGGUCCCCCAACCUUCCAAGACGCAGCCAACUACUGUUUCAAGAGGCUUGUCGAACGUCGGAACAGUGAAGAAACCAAUGAUAAAGGCAACUACGACUACCUUGGUUUCUAUCUCCAGAUCCAGAAGAAGGAUCCGACCGUCGAUGACGAGACUGUCGUUAGCUGGAUGAUACUCAACGUCUUGGCUGGAGCAGACACCACGAACAUGACCAUGGUAGCCAUCACGUACUACCUGCUCAAACACCCGAAGACUCUCAAAAAGUUGCAGAACGAACUUGACGCAGCGCAGCUUCAGCUUCCCGCCACAUAUUCCGCGACAUCAACAUUGCCAUAUCUCGGGGCCGUUAUCAAAGAGGCUUUGCGGAUUCAUCCUGGGGUUGCUUUGAUGCUUGAACGCGUUGUUCCGGAAGAAGGCCUUGCACUGCCGUCCGGAGACUUCCUUCCUGGCGGAACCGUUGUCGGGAUGAACGCUUGGAUGAUCAAUUUUAACAAAGCGAUUUUUGGAGAAGAUGCCGAGACGUGGAACCCUGAUCGUUGGUUGCGCGUCGACGAUGAAGAUGAAGACGCAUAUGUUGACCGCGUUAAACGCAUGAACGACUCUUUGUUCACCUUUGGCGGCGGCAGGCGAGUGUGCUUGGGGAAAGAGCUAAGCAUUUUUGAGAUAUACAAGACGAUGGCGACCAUCUUCUCGAGAUACGACUUUACGCUCUCGGACCCGAAGAAGGAAUGGAAGAUCAAAAAUCACUGGUUCAUGCGGCAAAGCGGUGUUGAUGUGGCUGUCAAACUACGAAACGUUUCAGUUUAA